AUCGCAAGCGUAAAAAUGAACCGCUGGACAGGGAAGGUAGCCGUAGUAACCGGUGCCAGUUCGGGUAUCGGUGCUGCCAUAGCCAAAGAUUUGGUGAAAGCCGGAAUGGUGGUCGUCGGAUUGGCGCGUCGAGUGGAAUGCAUUGAAGCCCUCAAGUUGGACCUUCAGGAAUCGAUUAGGAGUCGCUUGCACGCGAUCAAGUGCGACAUUACAAAGGAGGAAGAUAUUCUGCAAUCGUUCAAAUGGGCCGAGGAAAACCUUGGCGGAGUGGAUGUGCUGGUCAACAAUGCCGGUAUUCUUCCGUCGACGGAUCUGCUGGAUGCAGGUAAUACCGAAAACCUGUGUGCAGUGCUGAACAUAAAUGUGCUCGGGUUGGUGAUCUGCAGCCGGGAAGCUUAUCAAUCGAUGAAGAAGCGUUCGGUAGCUGGACACAUUAUCCAUAUCAAUAGUAUCGCUGGCCACUCGGUGAUGGAUUUGCCCCAGUUGAGUAUCUAUCCUGGGUCCAAGCAUGCAGUCACGGCUAUCACGGAAACGAUGAGGAACGAGCUGAGGAACGCGGGAACCAAGAUCAAGGUUACGAGCAUCAGCCCGGGAAUCGUUCGAACGGAUAUCUUGCCGGAAGCACUUAUCAACGAUGACAUUCUGGAAACUGUGGACAUUUCGAAUGCUGUUCUAUACGUGCUUGGUACGCCCCCUCGGGUGCAGAUUCAUGAACUGACUAUCAAACCUGUUGGAGAAAAGUUUUAGAUUGAAGGUCGUUUU